CUCAAUCCAGAGACAGUCCGGUGGACUUAAGAGCGCACGAACUUGGCUCCGUAUUAGCUUUAAUUCAAUUACACCUAAACUGCAUUAAAUAAUAGCUUAUUCAUUUCAAAAUAGAUUUAAGCUAAAUAAUUCACGUGUUGGAUAGUAAUGAUAAUGAUAUGUUUAUGAUAUUAAUGAGUUUUCAGAAACGUAAGACCAGUGUGUAUUUAUAAUUGUAUAUAGUAUAUUCAGAAUUUAACCAAUAAGACAUUCAUUCAUUUUUUUCGGAAUAGCGGAAUUUUAAUAAAAUGUGGUCGUGUGUCACAUCUACAUUAAUUGUUUGCCUCCUCGCUGAAACAUCUGCUCACUCAUUUGAGACUGAGGAGAUUGUACCUGUACGGCUGACUGGAAGGACCGCUGGACGGGUGGCAAAGAGAAGUGAAGAACAGCCCAGCUUCAGACUCACGGCUUUCGGCAGGAAUUUCACACUUAAUUUGACACCGGACAGCACCUUUAUAUCGCCAACAAUGAGGGUUUAUCGCAUCAAAGCUAAAGCACAUGAAAAACCCGAGUCCACUAGCAAGCUGACAGAUUUGUAUAAGUCCUUGAAUCAAACUGAGGAGACUGGAGCUGAGUUAUUAAAAGGUUGCUUUUACACCGGCGCUGUCGACUCCAAUGAGGACUCUAUCGUCUCUGUCAGUUUAUGUCAUGGAAUUUUAGGAUCAUUUAUCACAGAUGGUAAAGAAUAUCUAAUCGAACCAAAACUUUUCGGCUUGGGAACAUCUGGAAAGUUAACCGAGCAGCUGCAUGUCAUUAAAAGAAGACGCUUUACAAAGUCCCCGCAAGUCUCUAAACCGCUGUCAGGCAUCAGAGAUGAUGAUCAGAAUUCAAUGUCUCGACGAAGACGCUUUGUCUCGACGCCUAGGUUUAUUGAGACUUUGGUGGUCGGUGACGCUUCUCUGACACAUUUCUAUGGAGACGAGAUCAAGCACUACAUGCUGACCUUGAUGUCAGUGGCGGCUCAAAUUUACAAGCAUCCCAGCAUUAAGAACUCCAUCAACAUAGUGCUUGUGAAGAUGCUGAUCGUGGAAGACGAAGAGGUUGGGCCGUCCAUCUCCGGCAACGGAGGCGUCACUUUGCGCAACUUCUGUGCCUGGCAACAGCUAUUCAACCCGCCCAGCCACAGGCAUCCCGAGCACUUCGAUACAGCCAUUCUUUUUACCAGAGAGGACAUCUGUGGACAUCAGAGUUGUGACACAUUGGGUGUAGCUGAUGUUGGAACCAUGUGUGACACCAAAAGGAGCUGUUCUGUUAUUGAAGACAAUGGCCUGCAGGCUGCUUACACGACUGCACACGAACUAGGCCAUGUUUUGAGUAUGCCUCAUGAUGACACUAAGAUGUGUGAGCAGCUUUUUGGACAUCUAGGCGAGCACCAUAUCAUGGCACCUGUAUUCACUCAGCUCAGUAAAACCUUGCCAUGGUCUCCCUGCAGUGCUUUGCACGUCACAGAGUUUUUCGACAAUGGACAUGGAGACUGUUUACUGGACACCCCAGAGACGAUAGUGGCUUUACCCACUGAGCUGCCAGGCAUAACUUACAGCCUGGACCGCCAGUGCCAACAGAUAUUUGGAGAGGAGUUUUCACAUUGUCCCAACACCUCAGCUAGCGAGGUGUGCACACAACUGUGGUGCCAGCAAGAAGGCCGGUCUGUUUGCACAACUAGGAAUGGGAGUCUUCCCUGGGCGGAUGGCACGAGCUGUGGCCCCAACAGGACCUGCCUGAACAGCGUAUGCAUGUCCUCGGAGGAAGUCAUGAGGCCUAAGCCAGCUGUGGAUGGAGGCUGGGGCGAGUGGGGACCAUGGCAGCCGUGUUCCAGAUCAUGCGGAGGUGGAGUGAUGUUCUCCUACCGAGAGUGCACCCAUCCAUCUCCUCAAAACGGUGGAAAAUACUGUGUGGGCCAGAGAGUGAACUAUCAGUCCUGCAACAAACAGGCCUGUGAGAAUAACCAAGGAAAAAGUUUCAGGGAGGAACAAUGUGAGAAGUACAACAAUCCAAAUCACUUUGAUGUUCAUGGAAAUGUGAAGCAGUGGAUACCAAAAUACGCUGGAGUGUCGUUACGGGAUAGGUGUAAACUCUUUUGCAGAGCAAGAGGCAGCAGUGAAUUCAGAGUGUUUGCAGCUAAAGUAAUUGAUGGAACCCCAUGCGGUCCAGAUACCACAUCAUUCUGUGUGCAAGGCCAGUGUAUCAAAGCCGGUUGUGACCUGGAGAUCGAUUCUAGUAAGAAGCUGGACAAAUGCGGCGUGUGUGGAGGAAACGGACAGAGCUGCCGGAUGAUAUCUGGCUCUUUCAAUAAAGUCGUCCAUGGGUAUAAGGAUAUUGUGACGAUUCCAAGUGGAGCCACUAAUAUUAACAUCAAACAGCAGAGCCAUGGAAGUAUACCACACGAUGGGCAUUAUCUGGCUGUACGAAGAGAAGACGGUAAUUAUAUCUUGAAUGGCAACUUCUCUGUAUCCACAGUGGAGCAGUUUAUUCCAGUUCUGGGUGCUGUGCUGAAGUACAGUGGCUCAUCCACUACACUCGAGAAACUUCAAAGCUUCCGCCAGCUUCAGGAACCAAUCACAAUACAGCUGCUCUCCACCGCUGGGGAAUCCAUUCCACCAAAGGUCAAAUACACCUUCUACAUCCCCAAAACUAUGACUUUUAGCAAACCCAAAGACAAAAAGAUUGCCGGCAAACUGAUCCAUCCAUUUGGGGUGCCACAGUGGGUCUCGGGCGAGUGGUCUGAAUGCUCCAAAACGUGCGGUUCAGGAUGGUCCAGGAGAAGUGUGGAAUGUAAAGACAAUGCUGGCUUCUAUUCAAACCACUGUAAUAAAGAUCUCAGACCUUCUGAUAUCAGGCCCUGCGCAGACCUGCCAUGUCCGAUAUGGCAAAUAGGGCCUUGGUCUUCAUGCUCACAAACUUGUGGCCAUGGGGAACGCCAGCGUGGGAUUCUCUGCAUUGAUUACGCUGGAAAGAUUGUUGAACCGGAGAACUGUGACCAUGCCAAGAUGCCUGAAUCAGUAUCUGAAAAGUGUUUCUCCCAAGAGUGCUGAGGACUUUCAAAUUAUUCAGAUAAUAAAAUGCUCCCAGAACAACAUAAAGAUUAUUUUUUGACCGUGCUUCAGGUUGGAGCAGGAAAUAUUCAGCUUUAGAUGGAAAAUUGGUUGAGCUUUCAUGAAUGUUGCACGGACUGAUCACUUGGGCUUUGGUUUUCCAGAUACGUAUAUAUUUAUAACCACUAUUGAAGUGUGAUCCAAUAGAUAUCUACCUCAGCAAGCAAUGCUUUAUUGCAGUUUUCCUAACUUCUGUCACCUAAUUGCUUUCUCAGAGCAUUCCACCUAAAUUAUUUUUCAAGUAUGUCAUAUUCUCAACAGUACAAAACACACCGAUCAGCUGAGACUUAACAUUCAUCUCAGGCUGACUUUAUUUGAAAUGAGGAGAGAAAUCAGUUCCAUUUGGAAUUACAGAGUGGAAUUAUUUUAACUUGGAAUGCGAAAAGCUUACUAGGAACUGUCACUUGCUAAGCCGCUAUCAAGGUGCUAUCAUUCUUUUUUAUUCAUUUAUUGCUUUGUGGUCAAUAAUUUUUGAUUUUAGAUGAUUAAUAGAGUUAAAGCGUAUCUAAAACACUAAAACACUUGAUAAAGCAUGAUCAUAUAAAUCUAUUAGAGCUAAUUUCAUGUAUAUUUAAAACCGUAUCAGAGGUAAACAGUGGUUGAGCCUAAUUUAUAUUCUGAAACAUUAAUAAUUACAGGUAAGUGUUAGUUUUAAUGUUUGAAAAUUUCUCUGAAGUGUCCAUUCAGAGGGUUCUGUAACUUACUAUUUACUAUCGCUGUUCUUUGUAUUAAACACUGUUUUAUUUCAAAAUGCACAUAGCAAAUUGUUGUGAAUUGCUAUGUGAAUGAAAGCCUGGAUGUUUGCAAACAUCAGUCCUUUUAGGGUUUUCAUAUUUCAUAAGUGGAUAUGUCUGAAAGCUUUAGAGAACUGUGUGAACAAUACUGAGGAAAAAACAACAUGAAACUAAACUGACAAAUAGUUAAUGCUCCAUUCAAAUGAUUGUAUAUGAAUGUUAAUAUGGCAUUGACCAUUCCAGUUGUAUACAUUAGUCAAAACAUAUUAUCAAAACAUAUUAUCCCUUCAGUGAAGGAUUGUACUUUGUUACUUCUUCAUUGUAAAGCUAUUUAUUUUUGUACAUUUUAUAUUGUAUAAAAUGGAUACAAAUUA